UUGAUGCUGAUGAUCCGCAGCAAUUCUGGUAACAAGGUUCGGGUGUUUCCCACUAUGUAAAAAUAGCACAACUAGGAUGUUGUAAUGUUUGUUGAUAUAAAUGGGAAAACUGAAGUUCUCCUUGUAGCAAUUGACACUUAUCAAAAUACUGUGUUUAUUUAUUUUUUUAAUUAAAAGAUAAAAACAAACCUUACUUUGCCCUCCCUCUAUGGACAGUUUGGACACCAUGGGAGGCAGCUGUGCCGGAAGGAAAUGGGAAGUGAGAGGACAAGCUAGGAUGACAGAGUACUGGGGUAUAUGUAUAUUUGGCCAUAAUGUGACUGAAAGAGAACCCUUUGGCCUGUCAGGCUAAGAGCGGAAAGGAGUUGGGUUGCAGAGCAAGGAGGCUGCAGUACCACUCUGACUCUAGCCAUCUCUGUGCUUGGGGUGUUUGGGCACAAUACAUGUAGAAAGAUGCUGACCACACAGAGAGACAUCAGCUGUGGCAACAGUCACACUGGAAAGGUGUGCUUGGAAGAAUGACAGGUGUACAGACUUUAGCUUGAGGGAAGCGGAGGCAGGUAAGAGAUGUCUUCUGUCAGCAAGGGAUCUACAAUCCCCUUGCUGAGAAGGGAGAACAGUAUUUUUAAAGAAGCAGUGAGAAGCAGAAGUAGUGAAAUUUGGAAGCAGAAUCUAGAGAAAUUGCAUGCUUUUCAAGCCUGCCAAAACCAUUUCCCCAGGAAGAGAAGAAAGCUUUCUGGUCUAGGAUCAUUUAUUUAGCUGGUUGCUAUGAAGUGUAUUGCAGGAACUUAUUUGUCAUCAUUAAAGAAAAAUUCUACUUAAACUUCUUGGUCUUUGCUGCCUCUACCCUGAGGCACCCAACUGGGGCUAGGUUGGUAACUGCUGCACAUAGCCAGAGUCCAGAGAAUGGUCUUGGAAAACAUCUGGUGCUUGAAGCAGAGCACAGUACUCAAGUCUGUCCCUUUUUGGGUAAACACUUUAAUUCAGCCAUGUACUUAUGAUGACUUCAGUAAAAGUGUUUCAAGAUAAGUAUGUACUUGGGAGCUUUCCUCAUUUCUUUUGCAUGAAGAUGAUUGAAGAAAUAUCUUAACAAGCAUUAUCCUGUACAGUUGCCAAAGAUUUGCAUUAGGAGAAAUACUAGGCAGUAAUCUCAUCUGGGUUAUUAAUUAGUAUAAUAUCUCAGAAUGCCAUAGUCUACUAAUUGACUAGGGUUUUUAUCCUCCUGCUCUUGUGAUGUGUUUGGGAAGGCCAAGCAAACUUCAUGCCUAUAAAGAAAAUGCCUCAGCCACUGCUUUGGAUGGUUUCUUUUCAUGCAAUACCGGUGGUCUGUUGUCCCCAUUCAGAAAUGACGUAGCAACAUGUUCACCCCUGUGAACCAGCAAAGAACAGGGGUUUUGUCUCUAGAUACCCUGAGUCUUCAGAGUCCACUGGCUCCUUUUCAUUUGGGUGACGGCCCCUCCUGCCCCCCUCUGUGAUGCUGCACUUCACAUCAGUCCAGCCAGGCAGACGCCCUUUGCAUAGAAGGUGAAGAGUUGGGAAUGUGAUUUCUUGGUAGAAGCCCAUGGCAUGUUUUAGUGCAUCCUGGCAGUGUUGUGCUGUGUGCUGGUAACUGUGCCCAGCAGGGGGUUAGGGUUGUACGGGGUGACCAUCAGACUUCAAGACUUCACAUAAGGAUGGAGACACGAAGUCAGAGAUAGAUGUCACCUCAGGUUUGGGGCGCCUGGACCCACCACACUGUUUUUUUUCGACAUUAGAAGUAAUUUCUGGAAGCACAGAGAUUGAAAGGCUUUAGGAGGGAAAGGUGGUCUCAGGAAAUACAGCCAGAAUAAGGAUUGAGGCGGAAGGGCUUAGCAGCAGAUGUGGUGGGAUGGGAAUAGCACAGCUCUUCUAAACAUGUCUCUUUCAGGGCUAGCUGCUACAACUCCCAUUAGGCUGUUCACCACUGCUUUUUGCUCUUUUUAGGGUAGUGCCUUCCAUGGAAAGCAGCCUCCAGGUGUGCAAGCUGCCUUACAGCAGCUCCAGGCUAUGAUGCUUAGCUGCUCCUGAGUGUUCUCCAAACCCAAGCCCAUGGAAUGCACCCAUAUCUGUUUUCCUUUCAGUGCCACUGCCUGGAGCAGCAGAGCCCAGGAAAGUCUGGCAUGCCUGAGGGGGUUGUCAGGUGUCUGGUCUUAGUCCUUCUGUGUAAUACUGGUCUAUCUGGGCUGAAGGACCGUUCACCUCCAGCAGAGAGGUGAAGGCAGGAAUGCCUUAGUCCAGUGUUUGGUGUACUCCACAUUGUCUUUGAGGUGAUGUCCAAGCCAUUUCCCUCAUAUCAAGUUAGGGUUUUGGUGGUCUUAGUAGAUGUGAGCACCCUGGCUUGAGCUGGCGCUGUGGGCAAGAGGAGCUCAGGUUACUAAACUGCAGUCUUUAAUGGACUCUCAUAGGCUUGAUAUUUGCUUGUGUGGAGCUGUGCUCCAUGGAUAAACAGUGACUCAGAGCAGCUUCAUCCAGUUAAAGUACUAUUUCUUUGUUUGCCCUAACAUUGAGAUAGAGCCUGGAUGACAUGAGGCUCACACUGCCGCGUCUUACCAAAAAUUCAGUGCCCUCCUCCAAGCCCAAACAGCCGCUUUAUCUUGCACGCCUUUAUCAGUGGGUCUGGGAGCCAGGCUGCUUACCUUGAAGUACCACUUCAGUGUUCCUUGGUCUCUGCUGGAUCUCAGUACGCAGCGCCCAACUGGCGCUUUGUUCCCUGUGUUCCCAAGCCAGGCCCAGCUCCUCUUGCCAAGCCCAGUGGGGUGGAGCAAAACCAUUGAAAAGAAGAGCCCGAUCAGCAUCUCUCAAGUGCUAGUGGCUGGCUGAGGGCCCAGCCUGGUGCAUGCCAGUGACUCCUGCCUGCAGACCCCAGCCCCAGCAGUCAAAAGCAGGCAGAGUUGUCCUGAAAACUCAAGAAGAGGUAGAUGUUCAACAACCCUCAUUUUUCCCAGCAGGUAAUGGUUAUUGGGCACCUGUCUCCAGAUUAGAUCUCUUUGGCAGCAUCAGAGCAAAUAUCACAUAGAAGAGGAAUUGGGACAUCUCUGGGUCCUGAUGUGCUGAGUGAGGUCCAACAGAUCUUUCAGACUAUGGAGCAAGGACAGUCUCAAUGCUCUGUUUAAUGUCCAUCUAUCUCUGCUGUGACCUUUGUUAUUUAUUCAGCGCCCAGCAGGAGGUCAAAAUUGGUCUCUCUUACUGGAGUUCAAUAGCUGCUGGGACAGAGUGCAGAAGGGGAACCAUGUGCUGUAGGGCCUCAAAGUUUUUCCAGUAGGCACAGCUGUCCUAGUUUGGACAUGUUUGUGGUCAAGAUUGCCAAGCUGCACUUGGUUGUACUGGAUGCCAUGCCAACCCUGUGUGUAGUGCCCUGGUGCCAUGGGUUGGGCUGUGCUGCUGUUGCUGGAACCCUGAAUCUCUUGAGUUUUCCCCAGUAGAUGCAGAAAGUGAAUUCCUAGAUGGCCUCCUAUAACUGUCCUGGCUUGCUGGCCACAUCCGGACCUCUUGCUGUGAGAGCCCUUUGCUGAUAUCUUCUGUUGUUGAGGAAUAAUUGAAGACUUUCCUCCUUCUGCUGUAGCUGCCAAAUCUCUUUACAACUCAGCAUGAAGUCAUAAAGGGAGCUCAAUUUUGCUUGCUGCAGGGCUGUGAUUACCUUGACCUUUGGUGUUCGGCUGUGCUGUGGGUCCUUUGUAGGCAAGCACUAUCUUAGGAAUGCUUCAAGGAAGGUGGGAAAAGGUGAGAACAUCCUCAGCCUGCAAAUUGUAAACACUUGAAGCUGCAAUCUGCUGAAGGACCUUGGAAAGGAAUCAGCUUUUAUCUGUUACAGGAAGGGUGCCGGUGCCAGAAUUUGAAGUAGAUGUUCCUGUUUUAGGAGAAGCACUGAGGCUGCUCCUGCUGAAGCUCAUGCAGUACCCUGGCAGCCUGUCCCUCAGUGCCCACGAGGGAAGAGGGUUCCUUCUAGGCUUCCUGGUUUGCAUUCUGGGUGUCAGCUGCUGGAUGAGAGAGCCAGGCUGGUGGGCCCUUCCCUGCUAGUGCCAAGCUUCUUCACCAGUAUGGGAAGGAGGGUUUUUCUAUGUGCCACUAAGCACCAUCUCCAGGGAUGCUGCUCUAAGCACAUGGGCCCAUUUUGCCACUGUUCUUGAGCUGAUGCAUGGUUUCAAUUUUCACAUGUCCCUGUGGAGCAAUUGCUCAAGAAGGGUGUAGGUAGUUGACGCUGCCUGAAUGCCAGGCAUCCACCAAAGCCACUCUCUUGCUCCCUUCUACAGCUGGACAGGGGAGAGAGAAUGUAAUGAACGGUUCCUGAGUUGAGGACUGGGAGAGAGCACUCAUCAAAUACCAUCACAGGCAAAACAGGCUCAAGUUAGAGAUAUUACUUGAUUUUCUUGCCAACAAAAUCAGAGCAGGAUAAUGAGAAGUAAAAUAACACCUUAAAAACAUGUUCUGCCCAGAUCUACCUCCUAUCCCAGUAAUACAGGGAGAUGGGAAAUAAGAGUUUAGGGUCAGUUCAUCACCUGUUGUUUCUCCUGCUGCUUAGGGAAAUGAGUCAUUCCCCUGGUCCACUGUGGGAUCCCUCCCACAGGAGACAGUCCUCCAUGAACUUCUCCAACAUGGGUCCAUCUCAUGAGCAACAGCUCUUUGUGAACUGGUACUCUGUGAGUCCAUCCCACAGGCAAUAGCACCCCUCAAACUGCUGCAGCAUGGGUCACCCUUCCACAGGGUGCAGUCCUUCAAGGACAGGCUGCUCCAGCAUGGUUCCUCUCUCCACGUGUCUCUUGCAGGUUCUCAGCCUCCUCUCAGGCAUUCACCUGCUCCAGCAUGGACCGGAAGGUGAUCUCUGCAUCCCCAUGGUACUCCAUGGACUGCUGGGGCACAGUUGCUUCACCAUGGUCCUUACCACAGGCUACAGAGGAAUCCUAGCCCUGGUACCUGGAGCAUCUACCCUCCCUAGUUCUCUGCUGGCCUCAGUGUCUGCAUACUUGUUCCUCUCACAUGUUCUCACCUCACUCUUCUCUGACUGCAAUUACAACUGCACAAUAACGUUUUCUUUCUUUCUUUUUACAUAUGUUAUUGCAAAGGAGUUACCUCCAUUUCUAAUUCAUCCAGCCUUGGCCAGCUUUGGAGCUGCCAGGGAUUGGCUCUGCUGGAAAUGGAGGAAGCUUCUGGCAGCUUCUCACAGAAGCCACUCCUGUAGGAGCCCUUUCCUGCACCCCGCUUCCUAUCAAAGCGUGGCCAUGCAAACCAAAUAGAAGGAUGCAUGAAGCUUUUCUGAAGUACCAUCCAGGAGAGGUAAUGCCUCAGUCCUGUGCAUGCCUAGUUUGGUGGUGUCAGCUUAGGGCAGGAGGACCAGGCAAGAGGAGCUUACCCGCAAACCUGCUCGCUGCUCAAGCAGCUUUCAUGCUACAGAAUAAGGGAUAGGGAUGCUCUCAGGGCUGAUGCACUAGGGUGUUCUGCCAGCCUCUGGUGAAGAAUCAGCUGUGAAGCCCUGAGAGGUGGCUUGGACUCCUCAGAGAGAUGCUCCUUGCCACUAUUCGGUGACUUGCAUCAUCAAGGAGUUUCCUUGGUGGGAAGUGCUGAUCAUACUUCAUAGGCAAGUGGUUGUAAUUGCACCCAGUGAAGAGAAUUCUUGUGUCUUUGAAUACUGUGCUGCAAGGGGGUAAAGACUUCUGUCAUGCAGAGGAGAGGAGGAAACAGUCAAUGUGACCUUGAGAGACUCGAUUGAAACCCAGUUUUAUGAGAGGCGCACACAUUUUUCGCUCGAGGAAAAGCUGGGUGUAAAUGAGAAUACUCAGUCUGUGACUGGCAGGAAACAGAUACGAGGCCUGAGGAAAGAUGAAUAUGUGGUACUCCCCUCUACACAAGGGGAUUAAGAUCAGAAGCUUUAGGAUGAGGUGAGGUUACUAUAAACAAAGGAAAAAGGAAUGAGAGCUGCAAGAGUGCAGAGCUCCUGCUAAAAACAUGCCCCUGUGCAAAAGGGAUAAGAUGGUAUUUAGUCACUUGAGAAAUGAGAGACAUGGAAAAAUUCAGAGUAAAUAUGAAAUCACCAGGGAGAUUGGUUUGUGUUUAUGCCAGGCCAGAUGUCUUGCACCUGAGCAGCUCUCCUUAACAGUGCUUGAAAUCCAAAGUGGUAUUUGUGCAGUAAAGAUCCUGUGUGAAUAGUGACUCUCACUUAAAAAAUGAAGUAUGGGAGAGCUAGCCUGGGGCAGGCCCAGAGGUUGUAAGGAAAGUGCAGGCCAUAUGCAAGUAGUAUAAAUAAUGAUAAUAGUCAUGCAGGAGAUAAUCAAGAUGGCAACCCAUGAAGAACAGCCAUUGUGGCAAUGGAAUCCAUAAACUAGAAGCUGAAAACUACUGGUAUUGUGAGGUCAUGAAGUCUCCAUCCUUGUCUUUGCUAAAAGUCUACUGGGAAUUGGUGAAGUUGCUACUGCUGGGAUUUUGAGUGAUAGGUGAGGAAGCCCUGUUAUCUGGGACUUACUCCCAGCUAUAUGAUUUGGUUGCCAUAUGGCCACUGCUCUGCAGAAUGUACCGUGGGCGGUCCAGCUCCUCAUUGGUCUUGAUGUUCUAAUGGUUUAUUGGAUUACUAUCAGUGUAUGCCGACAGGAAACAAGGGAAGCCAAACAGUAAGUGGUAUUCCUUUAUAAAGAACAAUCUGGCAGACAAACUUGAUAUCUUUCUGAGAUUUAUAACCUAGGAACUUGAAGGGAAAGUGACAAGUAGAUAUAUUUGUAACCUAAGUCUUUGAUUUGGUAACUAAUGAAACACUCAAAAUUUACUGUAAAUCAGGGUGACUGUGAUUCUGCAGUGCAAACAGAGAGCUGAUUGGUGUGGAGAACUGUUUGAUAGAUUGGGCUUUCUCUUGAUGGCAGAGACAUCAUGGAUAGGUUCCUGUGAGGCACCAUUGAGGGUGUCCAUGUGGCAUUGAGACUCCAUAGUGUUUGUCAGUAAGCAAACAAGAUGGGACUGGGGACCUCUCCUUCAUGGUGCAGGAAUGCCAGGUACCAGGCCAUGUUGUUCCUUGUAGCCAGGUGGAGGCAGUCGAGCUGGCUUGGCAGCAGAACUGCAUCACGGUGAUGUGUGGGUGUCACUGUUCUGCCAAACCUCUUUGGAGGGGAAGGGGCCAUCAUCAGGCCUUCCCUGAUGGCCAGGCAGGAACAGACACCCCUUGCCCAGGAGCACCAGAGUUCAAAGGGAUGGGAAAAUUGAGGCAGGAAGACAGCAGUGUGGGACAUGCAGCAUGAGGGCAAAAUGCAGGGCCAGAGAGACCAAAUUGCUCUUAGGCUCAGGACAGAUUAGCCAGCUCUGAUGUGAAGAGUGUGAACCACAGCGUACUGGGUUUCAGGCUGUGGUACAGCCCUUCUUGGCGUGGUACAUUAUGUUCAGGGCACCAUAUGACUCGAAAGCACUACCAUCAGAUUGGAGGGAGUUCCUGUAAAAAAAGAGGCAUAAAAAAAGACCUAGCUGUUUGGAGCCCAAUCCAUAUCACUUGGCAAGAUCGAGAGUUUCCAGUGGGCGAAGACAGCAUGAAGUGUUUUACUGAUGUUCAAAGGCAAGGCUUUUGUGAUUAUGCUGGGUGAUUUUGAAAGGGACUGAGUUGUGAAGUGGAUAUGUUCCUGACCUUUGUGAAACUCAAACCUAGGUUUUACAUGGAUGCAAAUACUCCCCACUGUUAUAGUCCACUACCAUCCGUGCCAGGCACCGUCCCAGCUCAGGGUUACUUUUGUGGUUUGCAGUGCUUACAGUUAUGCUGGAAGCAGGACAUGGGGUUCCUGAGCAUUGGGAUGUACACAGUCAGCAGUGUGCAAGCCACCACAAAAUGGUGCUCUGAGCAGCAUGGGGUUGGAGCUGGCUGUGACAGUGACAGUACCUGCCGACACCGGGGCUGGGAGCUGAUGUGCACUAAAGAAAGGUGUGAUGCCCUUUAGUGGUAGAUAUUUGAGGCCUGGUGCAAAGCCAGUUGGGAGGACUUUGGACCCAGGGCAAAGGUGCACUUAGUUUUUGCUUUGAAGAAGCCAAGCCUGCAAGACUAAAGCUUUGUAGGCCUGGUGUCUAGUUGGCUAGUUCAUAGAGGUAAAGUGUGCAGGGAGCUUUGUAUUGACUGGAGGAGAUGGAAAGGAGACAAAGAGUUGUAGGGUUUUGGCAGGCCCUCCUCCUUUCUGCUGAUACAGGACCGAUCCCUGCUGUAUGCUUGUCAGUGCUUUGCCCGGGCUUGUUGGAAAUGCACCAGUAGCACAUUUGCUUCUCGAUGCUUUUUCCCUUGGCCUGCAGAUCACGUUUCUCCUCAAUGCACCCAGCACGUCAGCACUUCUCCAGCCUUCAGCUGCCUGAAUGCUCUGUGCCAGGUCUGAGACAUGGUGCAGGACAGCUAUCCCACUGCUGUUUCUGCACCAAGAGUGGUAUUUUCCCUGUUUAACUGUUGUAGCCUGGGAAAUACUUUGAGCUAACUUGUAAGACCCUUUCUCCUCAUCUGUUCUGAGGCUAUUCCCUACUUGCGUAACAGAGUCAGACUGUUCUUCCUGUGGUCUGCUUGUGGCUGUAAGCCAUUUGCUCAGAGCUCUGCUGGACUUUGCCGUUUAGGUGCAGGUAACCUAGGUGGCUGUUUGAGAGGAUGAGAAGGCUCCCUCAGCCUUGGGUGCCAGCUGCUGUAUGAGGGUACCCGGGUGCCCAGUGCAGGCAGAUCUGUACUGCCCUGUCAGGCAGAGGCUCGGGGUGGCAGGUCCUGCUCUGGGCUCAGGUCCCUGAGGUCACAGUGUGGGUUACCUAUGGUACUUGGGAGACCAAGGGGACCCCAGAGGAGCAGGUCUGAAAGGUACAGGCCGUGUCCACAGCACCCUCCAUGUCUGAGAACCAAAGCGCACCUCACCUCCCUGAAUGCCAUUCCCAAGAGAUUUAAGAAGGUUUGGGUUUCUUUUUUUUUUAGGUUGGAAAUUUGAUAUUCUAGUCUCAGACCUGCUGGUUUCCGGUUGCCUGUCUCUGCACCUCCAGCCUGCUGUGAGACUGUCACAUUUCCAUAAACAAAUGUGUCUCUACUAGAGCACAAUCUCGAUGUUCUAAUUACAGAUGGAGUUAUUAACAUUUACUGGGAAGACGAUGAAGCUGUAGAGAUGCUUCCCUACGUCAUCGCCACCCUGGGCUCAGUAGGGGCCCCCUGCAGAACUCCCAUAUGCAACAACAACAGCACUACCAAGGACUACUGCUACAGUGCACGCAUCCGCAGCACUGUGCUGCAGGGACUGCCCUUUGGUGGGGUGCCCACUGUCCUAGCCCUUGACUUUAUGUGCUUUCUCGCACUGUUGUUUGUCUUUUCAAUUUUGCGUAAAGUUGCUUGGGACUAUGGACGCCUGGCCCUGGUGACUGAUGCUGACAGGCGCCGACGCUGGGAGACGGAAAGAGAGGAGCGGGAAUACGUAGCCUCCGCCCUGCAUUCUGACAACCAUGACCGCUAUGAGCGCCUUACCUCCGUCUCCAGCUCUGUGGACUUCGACCAGAGGGACAACGGUUUCUGCUCCUGGCUGACAGCCAUCUUCAGGAUAAAGGAUGAUGAGAUCCGGGACAAAUGCGGGGUUGAUGCAGUGCACUACCUGUCCUUCCAGAGACACAUCAUUGGGCUACUGGUGGUCGUGGGUGUGCUUUCUGUGGGCAUUGUGUUACCUGUCAACUUCUCAGGGGACCUGCUAGAAAACAAUGCCUACAGUUUUGGGAGGACAACUAUCGCUAACCUGAAGUCUGGGAAUAACCUGCUGUGGCUGCACACCACCUUUGCUUUCCUGUACCUGCUGCUGACAGUGUACAGCAUGCGCCGGCACACUUCCAAGAUGCGCUACAAAGAGGAUGACUUGGUUAAGCGAACUCUGUUUAUCAAUGGGAUCUCAAAAUAUGCUGAGCCAGAGAAGAUCAAGAAGCAUUUUGAGGAGGCCUAUGCCAAUUGCACUGUCCUGGAGGCCCGUCCCUGCUAUGAUGUUGCCCGGCUGAUGUUCCUUGAUGCAGAGAGGAAGAAAGCUGAGCGUGGACGAAUCUACUUUACCAACCUGCAGAGCAAGGACAACACCCCAUCCAUGAUCAACCCCAAGCCCUGUGGCCACCUGUGCUGCUGUGCCAUCAGGGGCUGUGAGGAGGUGGAAGCCAUCGAGUAUUAUACCAAGCUGGAGGAGAAGCUCAAAGAUGACUACAAGCGGGAGAAGGAGAAGGUUAAUGAAAAGCCUCUGGGGAUGGCCUUUGUCACCUUCCACAAUGAGACCAUCACAGCCAUAAUCCUCAAAGAUUUCAACGCUUGUAAGUGCCAGGGCUGUGCAUGCCGUGGGGAGCCUAGAGCCUCCUCCUGCAGUGAAUCCCUCCAUGUCUCCAACUGGACCGUCAGUUAUGCUCCUGACCCACAGAACAUCUACUGGGAACACCUCUCCAUCCGGGGCUUUAUAUGGUGGAUCCGCUGCUUUGUGAUUAAUGUGGUCCUCUUCAUCCUUCUCUUCUUUCUCACCACUCCUGCUAUCAUCAUCACCACUAUGGACAAGUUCAAUGUAACCAAGCCUGUGGAGUACCUCAAUAACCCAAUCAUCACCCAGUUCUUCCCCACCCUGCUGCUGUGGUGCUUCUCUGCACUUCUGCCCACCAUUGUAUACUACUCUGCCUUCUUCGAAGCACACUGGACCAGGUCUGGAGAGAAUAGGACAACCAUGCACAAGUGUUACACCUUCCUCAUCUUCAUGGUCUUGCUGCUGCCAUCACUGGGCCUGAGCAGCCUGGAUGUAUUUUUCCGCUGGUUGUUCGACAAAAAAUUCCUCGCUGAAGCUGCUGUACGAUUUGAGUGUGUGUUCCUGCCGGACAAUGGGGCUUUCUUUGUCAACUACGUUAUCGCCUCUGCCUUCAUCGGGAACGCCAUGGACCUGCUGCGCAUCCCUGGUUUGCUCAUGUACAUGAUACGCCUCUGCCUGGCCCGCUCGGCGGCCGAGCGGAGGAACGUCAAACGACACCAGGCCUACGAGUUCCAGUUUGGGGCUGCUUACGCCUGGAUGAUGUGUGUCUUCACUGUAGUCAUGACAUACAGCAUCACCUGCCCCAUUAUCGUCCCUUUUGGGCUCAUGUACAUGCUGCUUAAGCACCUGGUGGACCGAUACAACUUGUAUUAUGCUUACCUGCCUGCCAAGCUGGACAAGAAGAUCCAUUCAGGGGCUGUGAAUCAGGUAGUGGCAGCCCCAAUCCUCUGCCUCUUCUGGCUUCUCUUCUUCUCCACAGUGCGCACAGGAUUCCUGGCCCCCACUUCCAUGUUCACCUUUGUGGUCCUCGUGAUCACCAUUGUGAUCUGCCUGUGUCACGUCUGCUUUGGGCACUUCAAAUACCUCAGCGCUCACAACUACAAGAUUGACCACACAGAAGUGGAUGCCAUGGACAACAGGCAGAAUGGGAGACCUGCCACCAGUCUGCCAGCUCCCAAAUCAGCUAAGUACAUUGCCCAAGUGCUGCAGGACUCCUCACCGGAGGGCGAAGCAACAGAGUCGGAGGAGCAGGGAUCGCAGGAUGAGGAGCUCAUCAACGCAGAUGGCAUGAAUGACACAGAUUUCCAGUCGUGUGAGGACAGCCUGAUAGAGAAUGAGAUCCACCAGUAGGGACCUCAAAGGGCGGGAGGGGAAGGAGGCCCAGGAGCAGGGCAGGCUGUGCGCACGGAGACCUGGGAAGAGGCACCUGAGGGCGCUGGCUACUGCCCUCACCCUCCCGCCCCCAGGGCUGCUGCCUUCAGUGAGGGCAGGGGCCCUGCUGCAAGCUCUCCAUCUCCCUGCCCCUCCACCCCUGCGCCAGCCCGGCUGCUCGGCAGGCAUGCUCUUUACUAGCUACCUUCUUCAAUGCAUCCCUGGACCCCAGACUCCCAGAGGCUGGGGAGGAGGGGGACCAUAACCCCUGCGGUGCUGCCCUGGACCUGCAGGGAGGAGGAAAGCUGGGUGCUUUGUGGGAAGAGGUGUAAGGGGAACAUUUGGGGUCUUCUGAGCAGGCAACUGUAUCCCCUGUCUUUCUGGUGAGAAACACUAAUAACUUAUUAGAUUUACAGGAAGGUGAUAAAUGAAAAACUUCAGUCAGUUUAUUGGAGACCCCACCCAGCGUGGGGUUGGCUUUUGUUGCACCUUCUCCCUGUGCCUGCGUGUGCCCUUUCUCAACUGCUUCCAGCAUCCAGUUGGUGUGGCAUCCCAGGAGCUGGUCCAGGCCCAGGGAUGGUGACAGGCUUCCCCCUCACCAUGGGGAUGAUGAUGGUGACCCUGACUUUGUGGUCAAGGGUGGCAUCACACUGGGAAAGGUGCACUGGGUUGACAUGAGCUUGAUAGGCCCUCACAGGGUGAGGGGUGCCAAGGGCAUUUCUCAUGAGCAGGAGGAGGCGCAGGCAGCCUCUCCCCCAGGUCCUGUUCCCUCCUCCCCCAGGGGCACAGGCAGGGGUUUGCAGCAUCAUUUAAAGUGGCAUUUUUCUUUGCACAUUUUACUCCCCUUUCAAACAAAUCAACCUGACCCCCAUGUGGUACUGCAGCCCCCCUUUUGCUGCCCUGUGUCUGCACAGCAGGUUCAGGCUUGGGGGUGGGGAGGCUGUGUGGGGGUCUCCUGGGUGCUAGGGAGAGGGGAGAAAGGGUCUCAGGCUACAGGCCCUUAACACCCUGCUAGAUCAGCACUGCCUCGUUGCAAUGAGGCCCUAUGGGCUUCCUUCCCUGAGCUGCUGCAGGGUCUUUCCCCAGCUGAGGUGGUGAGAGAGGGAGGGAGCCCUGGGAGAGCAGCCCCUAGGAGCUGUCUCCAACCAAGACUACCAUCUUCAGGAGCAUGAAAGCCUCAUGGGACUGUGCUGACUUUCUUCACCUGCCUUGACUGGUGUAGGCUCCUCUGCCACCACCCAGCCUGAGAGGGGGUUGUUCCUCUCCUACCUCUUGCUCUUGCCCCCCUCCCUGUUGAUAGCUGUGUCCCAGAGGCAGGCAGGGAACAGGAUGGGUGGGAGAGGUGACUGGAGCCCCUGGCACAUGGAAGGACUGACCCUGUUUAAAGACAUUUUGUGAGGUUGUUUCUGGUCAGUAUCAGUUGCCCUCAAUUGCUUCCCCCCUCCCCUUGUGUAAAAUGUAAAGGAAAAUAAUAAAUCCCUUUGCUAUUUAGCUAUAUUUAUUUCCCUCAAACCCUGCCACCAUCCUGUUUGGUGCUCAUUGCGGACACUAUCACCUUCCCUUUGCCUGUCAUCUGUGGGUGCUGUACCAGCUCCCUGGGGCUGUACCCCGAGGGGCCAGGUGAAAGGGGACGGUCAUUUACCUUUUCAAUCACCCGUGCUGACCCAGGAGCUCCAAGCACUUUAAUUGACCAGAACAAGUGAAUUGUCAGCCCUGCCCACCUCAGCUGCCAGGAACGGUGGUCACAUCUUACGGCUUUUCUCCCCUGUGCCUUCCACUAGAGGAAGGGAAUCAGACCCACAGAGAGCAGGUGGGGGGCUGCUCCAGGGAGGACAUAGCUGCCUUUCCUGUACAAGACCUCUAUAGGAAUCCCAGGCCUGGAGAAAAGGGUGGAUGGAACAGAAGAGGUGUGGGUCUUCAGUGCAGGGGGAGGGCAGGUCACGCCAGCUCCCAGGGCUCGGCUGGGGCUGGAAUACAUGUGGGUGUGAAGGGGCAUGGUGAGAGUCACCCGUCCCUUCCAGGUAGCAGCCAGGAAUGAAAUGAGCAUGUGACCUGAGAGUUCCCGGUCCGCUCACGGGCUGGGGCAGGGGUGAUGUUGAUCCUGCUUCCCUUCUUCUCACACCCACCUACUGCCCUUGCUCCUGGUCCCGCAGGUGGGCUGGGAUGCUGUGGUCUCUGUAGGUACGGCCAUGCUCCGGGGCUGCUUCUGUGGCUGCCGGGGCCCUACCCACAGAGAGCUGUGUGUUCUGAGUGGCACUGUCUGUGUAGAGAUGUGUAUAAUACCCUGUAUAUAUUUGUGUACAAAAGAAAAAAGGAAAAAAAUGA